AUGCACCUUGCUGCCCUCAAAACUCUAGCAUUCGUGGCAGUUACCGCUGCCUUACUGUUACAGAGCACUAAAUUCCCACUGACCAGUGGCGGACUAGGAUGUAUCUCCGCGUCAUCCAACGCCAUCGGCGCUCCCGUAGUAGCUCAUACUUGCAGUACGGAAGAUCCCUCCAAGCAUGAGUGGGAUUUCACUCGAGUCAUCGAUAUGCAAACCCCUGUACCUCAACCGUACAAGAUCUUUGACGUAACGGACGGCAUAAACGCCGACGGGACUAAACUUCAAGUCUGGACCUGCGUUGACGGAAACACAAACCAGCAGUGGAUCGAGUCUGUCAAUGAUCUUACCUUCCGAUGGGCUGGAACAGAUAAAUGUAUCGAUCUCACGGACGGUAACCUCACAGAUGGAAAUCAACUGCAAAUCUGGACUUGCGACUUGACUCGGAAUAAUCAGAAUCAGCGAUGGGCCAUCAAACCUCCUCUUGCUCUUCAACAGGUCGGCUCCGAAAUUGGCUGGAGGGGCGGCGGAGUGUACCAGACUACUCCUUGCCUAAGUGCAUCUUCCAACACUGAUGGCGCUGGACUCGUGUUUGAUAAUUGUGUCGAGCCUGGUGGAGAUGUUACCUGGGAUACAGUACCCAGUUCUGGAUCUACUGGUCAGAUUAAGACGUUCGAUGGGACCAAAUGUCUCGAUGUUCGUGAUGGGAAUGGGACUAAUGGAAACCCACUCCAGAUCUGGUCGUGUGUUGAAGGGAAUAUAAACCAGCUGUGGAAUAUGGACAUUGACGGACCGGAAAAUUCGGGUGGGAAGUUGAUUUCUUGGGCUGGGACGAAUAAGUGUGUGAGAGCUUUUGAGAUUUGGGAUUGCGAUCCCAACGACCGCUACCAGUGGUGGGUCGCACUUCCUGUCUACUCGACGAACUAG